GAGUUCAGGCCCUUUACCCCGACUUGCAAGCCGCCAUCUUGUAUUGAGUGAUCACGGUGUACUGCGUGUUUCAUAGUUUCUUCCUUAGCUGAAUUUAAAGUCUACUACAAUGGGCAGAAAGAAGAAGAAGCAGACAAAACCUUGGUGUUGGUACUGCAACAGGGAAUUUGAUGAUGAGAAGAUUCUGAUCCAGCAUCAAAAGGCCAAACAUUUUAAGUGUCCAUCAUGCCACAAGAAACUCUAUACUGGCCCUGGCUUGUCCAUUCACUGCAUGCAGGUACACAAAGAAACAAUAGACAAAGUUCCCAAUUCUUUACCAAAUCGAAACAACAUAGAAAUAGAGAUUUAUGGGAUGGAAGGAAUACCUGAGGAUGACAUCAAGGAGCACGAAAAGCAAAGGCAAGGUAAAGCAUCUGGUGGGCGUGACGACGACGAUGAUGAUGAUGACGAUGGUUCAUCCCCAAUGACAUCACAAGGAGCCACAACUGUAACAGCUCAUCACAGCUUAGCACCACAGCCUGGCCGGCCUCCACACAUGCCCCCUGUGCCCACCAUGCAACCCAUGAUGCCCCAGGGACAGCAAGGCCCUCCUCCUCCAUGGGCGAUGGGACAACCUAUGAUGCCAAUGAUGGGACCAAUGGGUCCUAUGGGACCUAUGGGGCCCAUGGGACCAUAUAUGGGGGGACCCAUGCGGCAUAUGGGUGGUCACAUGGCAAGGCCACCUAUGGGCCCUGCUGGACAUCUUGGUCCCCAUGGAGGGCCGCCACCCCCCGUUGCUACAGCACCCCCUCCCCCCCAGCCUGGCCCUACCAAGCCCCUCUUCCCGUCUGCUGCUCAGGCUGGUGGACCGCCCCCUAAAACUGGCAGUGCCUUCAACCCUCAGUUCAGCUCAGCUGGCAGCUCAGGCCAGCAGCAGAGCAGCAGCGGCGGGUCCUCCAGGAAUGGCAGCGACAAGGAUGGCUCUGAGAAGAAGACGCUCAUCACUGCCAUCUCGUCGACUUCCCGCAUCGUGCAUCCUGACGAGGACGUUUCGCUGGAAGAACUACGAGCUCGGUUACCCAAGUACCAGUUCACUAAACCCCGUCCAGCUCAGCAACAACAGCAGCAGCAGCAACAACAACGUGACUCCUCUCCACAGCAGCAGUCAUCACGAGGCUCCUCUCCCUCGCACAAACGACCUCAUCCCAGCGAGUCUCCUUCACCUGACGACCGCCGCAAGCAGCCUCGCGAGCAGCCACCCUCCUCUCAGGCCGCUCCGACCUCGACGGCUGCCGCCAUGCCUGGCAUGCAGGCCGGCAUGAUGAUGACGAGCCAUCCACAGAUGGUUAGGCCUCCUGGUAUGAUGGUGGAGGCCCCAAUGACCCACAUGGGACCAAUCGUGUCAACGAUGGGUCCCAUGGUAUCCCCGAUGGGUCCCAUGGUGUCUACUAUGGUGCCUAUGAUGCCCCACUCCUUGGGUAUUCCCGUGACCCAAUGCAUGAUGAGACCGGCCGUGGGGGCCAUGAUGCCAGCGAUGCAGGGCAUGCAGCCGAUGGGAGGUCCCCUGCAGUUAGGUGCUAUGAACGUCGCUAACGGUCCACAGAUGGGUCAUCCUGGCAUCCCAGGGCAUAUGAUGGGCCCUCCAAUGAUGGGUGCUCCUCAGAUGAUCCCCCGCUUCAGGUGACUGUAGAGCUACCCUGCGACGCUCUUUUUCUCUUACUGAACACUCGACCAGUGAAGGCGCGGUUCGAAAAUAAGACACUGGGCUUAGGUCGCCGCUUCGGUGUUGUUCGCGCUGCAGCCGCUCAUGUUAGGCAUUGAUGCGGCACGCUUAUCUCGCUGUUACAUCGAGAAAAGCUGGGGAAAUGUUAUUACAACCCACUGAUCGUAUUCUUCUACUGAUAGGAGAGUGUGCAUUUUCUUCUAUUGAUUUUUACAGAUUACUGACUGGUACAGUGAGAAUAAUAUGAAACGUUCAAAAAUUCUCGAAAAUUGCUGCAAACUAUGUGUAGUAAAAGUAACAAACAGCCAAAAGGUCUAAUUUUUGUGAUCAAAUCGUCUGUGUUAUCGGAGCAGGAAAUGAAAUGCCAGAAACAGAUUAUUUUGAAAUAAUGAAAUAGUGCAAGAUUGAAGCAGCAUUUGAAUUGGUCGACUCGCUUGCGUUAGUUUAUUUUCCAAUAUGUUUUGUUCUAUGCAACGGGAGCUAAAUCUAAUUCUGUAUUGCAUUUUGUAACAAUUAUAUUUUGACGAGGUUUCAUGUAAUAGUUUGUGUGCUUAUUGUAUUUAAAGUAUGAUUUAAUUGUAUGAUAUUUACGUAGUACCUUCUCGACGUGGUCGACCCUGGGCUGAGGGAGCGAUCGCCAACCAACCUGCCUGUACUUUGUAAGUCUCGACUUAGCAUUACCAAUGGGCGCUCUUUGGCAAGAACCGGCGUCGUCCCGACACAUUGCUUCUUCAAUAUCGUUAUUAAUUAGUUACAUAUCAACUUGGAUUCUCUGCCUUGACGUAUUCAUUACUCAAAUUUUCUUCAAGAUAUUCUAUCUCCUGAAAACCAUGAAUUGGCAAGCGUCUCUCUUAAUUCUUACUUAAUACCUUGACGAAAUACGAGAAGUAAUUCCUCUGCUUCUGAAUCUUUUGUUAAUCUUCAGAUGUAAAAAAUAACUAAAACUUCUAAUGCUUGCUUCUCUCUUCACUUUCUGGCCUUUUCUUGUUCAUUAUUUGAAGAGACUGCCUAUUUAGCAGUACGCGGUGUUGGGUUGAGGCUCUUACCCUGACUUUUGUACAGUCCCUUAAUGGUAUCGUUGAUGAAAUUUGUUCGAAAUUGACGCCGGUGGGCUUGAGAUAGUAAAGCCUGCUGUCUUGAGGUAAGCCAUUACAGUGAUUCCAUUGCAACUACGUAUUGAAAGUGUUGACGAUGUAUCGGCAAAGGUUAGUCCAUUCACUGAUGAUUCAAAAAGAAUAAAGGAUUGCAGUUUAUUUGUGGGUUAGUGUUUUGCGUGUUUUAGUAUGGCAUCAAUAGGCAUAAGUUGCUGUAGGAACUUUUUCAUGCAGUGACGCACAGAUCUUUUCUCCCUAAGUUAUUUCAAAAUUUUCAACCACGAGCAUUUCAAUAUUUUGACCAUAAUCCAAUUUUGUUGCAUCUCACGGCCUUACUGUCUAAGCUCUUCUGAAAGCAUAGCUACCGUAAUUAAUGAAACCUUCAUGAAUAGUUGUAGAUUCCUGAUAUCUAGGUUUGAUUUCGUUGCAUUUAAUUUAUUGUAAUAGCCUCUUGCUCCCGUCUCGGUUGCACCGUCAUCCAGUCUGCCACGGCGACUGUCCCUAAACUAAUGCGGAAUGUCGCACUGUCACACUGUACUGAGCUGACGUUCAAAGUGUCUAGUCCCUGGGAUAAGGCUUGAAGUAAGGUUCAAAAUGACGUUUGGCGUCUUGCAUGACGUGUGGCACGCUGCCGUGAACGUAUUUAAGCUUUUGUCGUACUCUUACCGUGUUAUUCUUAGAACUUAGUUGAGGUAAGUUGAAUAAUCUGUAGGAAGGUUUUUAUGGUAGUUAUACAUCUACUUCUUCGCGGUAAAAUGUUCAGUUAUUAUAGAAGUAUUUCGAAUUUACCUAUAUUGCGAAUUAAAGUAGCGUUGCUUUGAACCUUCUAGACGGAGGGAACUCGCUCGUCUGUUUGCGAAUAGAGCGACUCAUGUCGCGUGUUUUGGGCAUGAUGAUGUAACGCGUCUCAGACGUUAUUGAACCUAUUUACUCACAUUACAAAUUUCGCUUUAGCAAUGAGCACCAAAGUUUGCUUAAAUAUUCUGUCAUGAUUCAUAUUUCGAGUGUUGGUCGUGAUUGCGGAAACGUUCCAGUGAAUGUCCUAGCGUUUGAUUUCUUUAAAGUUCGCGAAUCCUCGAAUUUUUUAUGCAUUUUUAUAGUGCGAAAUUACUGAAGUACACCUGAACAUUUUACUAUUUAGGGAGUUCAUACAUUGGUUUUGCUAAAUUUGCCUAGAAAUGACAUCAUCAGCCAGCGGAUUUUAAUUUUUCUGGUUGUUUAUCUUGCAGCGCUGUUGAAUAAGUUAUGUUUGAUAUUUUCGGCAGCGAAGUGACGCCUCAUGUCGCGUAGCAGUCAGGUAGGCGUGAUACAUUCACAGCUCUGGGGAGAGCGAGCAGCUGUUGGGUCCGUUCGGUUCCCCCAACCAGCGAUGGUUUGGUGAUGUGAUCACAGCUGUGCUCUCUUAUCCCGUGCUGUUGGACUCUAGGGUCCCCAAGCCCGCACUGCUCGGGCUUGGUGAAUUAUUAUUCUCACUAGAACAUCUGUUGCUGCUGCCGCGUCUCUAGUAACUACCACUCUUUAUUUUUCUACUACCACAAUUACUGAUACUCUUGUUAAACGCAAGAAUGUGGCAUGGCCGGUUGGUGAUGUUCAUGCUUGUGGCGUUGGGUACAUCUUAGCUCAUAUUGCAAAUACUAGCAUUAGCCUCAUCUCACUGGUGAAAAACUUGGGUGAAUAAUCUGAUCCUUCCACUUGUGGAGCCGACGCAAGGUGGGAUUUCUUUAUAUUAUUACAGUAAAUUAUUGCGUGAAUGACGUUUUUAUUUCAAGGUAACGUUCGUAGCAUUGAAUUUCCUUGUUAUUCGGUGUUCUGCACCGUGCUUCUCACUUUGAUGUAACCCUCAAUAAAUCGGUUGAAUUCGA